AGUGUUUGUGUGGUGCACCUCUUCCCCGUGGUGGUUUGCCCGAUCACAACUUGCUCUUCAUAAUUCUCUUCUCUUCUGGGUCUUCUUUUCUUUUUACCUCCUUUUCCUUUGCUGCAAAGCCUCUAGGAAGAAAGGGCGAGGGUAAUAUCAGCACAAGGAGGGAGUUGUGGUAGGAAGAAAUUUGACUUGUUUUACUUCUCCUCGCUUUCUGGGAAGGGAAAGCGUUGCGUGUGCGUUUUCAAGCGCUCCGUGGCCCUCCUUGGCAACCAAAUACACGUUAAGUUCUCGAUUAUUAUCAGUUUUUUGUGUUCUUGUGUUUCUUCUUGUUAAUAUUGCUUUGUUGUCCUCUCUUCAGCUCAGACCCCUUGCGGCAUUGCGUUCUCCCUUCCGUAGCUUUCUUUUUUUUUUUCUGCUCACACGGAAGCACUUUGCGUCCACACACACACAUACACAUACACACCUUCGACCUCGACUUGGAGCAUCAAACAAGCCCCAUUUUAUUGACAAGGACUUCGUUACUUACGACUUCCCACCUUUUCCCGCCUCCUUACAACCUUGAACUUUUCGUUUUAACUACCUUUUUUUUUUCUUUCUCCUUCUUGUCGCCCGAUUGUGCCUCGGCGAGUGGCAUCACUAAAUCCUCGGGUAAAUCUCCAUUCUUUUUUUUUUCCUUUUAAUGUGUAUCGCGAUCGCUUCUCUAACUCUUUUGUUUUGGUUUCGUUUCUCAUUUACCUCUUUUCUUUAUUCGUUCGGCGAGUGCUUUUUGAGCUGGUAUGUGUGCUGAUCGGGAAACGACUCGAAACAACGCCUAUUCCCAUUCUAUCCCUUUUAAAAAAAAACCAGUUCGCUGUGGUGUGCAUAAUUGCGUGCUUCUUUCUUUCUGUUUUAUUUGUCUUGUGCUUCUUCUGCGGUUCGUUGCGUGUUGUUUUUACGACGGACUCCAACCUGAAUGUGAGCGUUAAAGAGAAGUGUUUCUCCUUUUUCCGUGUUGUGAAUACUACGUAUUUUUUUUCUCGCUCACCGUCUCUCUUAUCCCUCCCCUCCCCCCCCCUCCUCCUCCUCCUCUACACGUGCUUUCCUCCUUGCACGAUUGUGUGCCUCGCUUUUGUCAGUUGCCUUUUGCUUUUUUUUGCUGAUUUUUGUUUUUCAGCUUUGCAUCCCAUUCGUCGUUGAGUUGCCGCUGCGUUGUCUUUCCUCUAUUUUUUUAUCGGGAGACUUAAUUAACACUAUUGUUUUCUCCUCUUCUUGCCGUGGAACUGUUAUUGUUACUAAUACUAUUAUUAUUCUUUUUUUGCUGUUGGUGCGAGUAGUGUACGCUCGUUGGUGCUGUGUACUCCCUCUUCUUUUCCUUUUUUGUUUUCGUUCUCUUCUUUUCCAGGGAAUACGAACAUGCCUCUCCGCGAUAAAGACGUGUGGCUGGACCUCGAUGCGCGUGACAGGUCGAACUCUGAUUUCUUCAGCAUCCCCGCCGACAACGACACCUUCGCCUAUGCGAGCGGCACGAGUCCCACUACGACGCGGUUGGGUGGUUACGUGGGGUCGAUCUACGCUACAGCACCGCCUCCUAAUGCAUCUGUUGUCUAUCACCUGCAGCUGGAGAAACUCCAGCAGGCGUACGCAUCUUCGCCGAAGUCAAACAGAGCAGUGGACCGUCGCAGCAGGGUCUGGAAUGAUGACAACAACGCCGUAGAUCAUCGAUGCAGCAUCGACGACAGCGAAGUGCUCGCGCCCGUCCCAGCGCGCGUAGCGAACGACGACGGGCGUGAUAACCGUCCAAGGACUUUUGAGACCGCUGCGGCACUGCUGGUGCGAAAUGCUGGUUCAAUCUCUUCCCCAGCGAGCUUGCAGUCCGUCUUCGUUCCGCCGCCGCGCGUCGAUGGCUCCGCAGACAGCUUUCCAGAAGUACUGUGGCAGAACGAGCUGUCGUCGCGCCGACGCUCCUCAGCCGUGAGCGACGUCGCUGAACGCGACGAUGGAGGGUGGGCCGUGCUCAACGGCCGCUCCCCCGCGUCCCGCUUCCUGCGGACACGUUCCGAUCCAACAAAACAGAAGGAGGCGCCUGCGAGCGCGGGUGUCAGCGGACUGGAGUUCACACUGACGCUGGUGCCGGGUCUGCACCACCCACCACCGACAGACGUCGAGACAGAUUGCAACGCCGUCUCUGGGCCGGUGAUGAUCCCGCAGCGUCAGCACUCGCAGCCGCAGCGGUUGGCCUGUUCGCCCAUGGCACGUGCGAUGGCCCCCUCUCCGAUGAUGUCGCUGACUCGGCCCACGAUGUCCCGCCCCGCCUCCAUCUCGCUCAGCCCGAUGGCCGCGUACGCACCGCAUGACACGGCGGUCGGUGAGAACGGCUUCUCCAUGGUACUCGGCAUCGACAGCUCGGGCAGCCCGCGCAGCCCGGUGAAGCCGCCGUUCCUGUCUCACUCGUACCUGCGGUUUAUGGCGCUGGAGGAAACGUCAUUUCAGCCGGACGAAGUGUGGGAAUGCUCUUCGUCCGACCCCCAUCCCCUUUGCCAACUUGCGGCGGUGGCGAACGACCUGCUUCGGCCUUCGCUGCGCUGCUCGUCGUCAGCAGACAAAGGCUCCUACAACAAAAGACGCACCAGCGCUGCGCCAGCAGCCGACGUUGACUACAACCUGCUUGAUCUGUCAGACUCACCGGUGGAUGCCGUGCUGGGCAACAGCUAUUUCGAUGACAUGCUGCCCCUCAUGUUGCAGUACGGGGAGGCAAUGAUCCAGACAGAGCAGCGCAGAGGCGCCCAAUGGGGGGAAGAGCAGCAAGGGCAUGGGAGAGGGGUGAGACCGGUAGACACCACCACCACCACCACGGCAGCGGCGGAAACAAGAUCGGCUGCACGCAAGGAUGGCAUUGCUAACGGCUCUAACGCUCUGGACGAAUAUGGCAUACUGAGCGGUGAUGGCGAGGAUUCAGGCGCGGCAGGUGCUGCGGAAGGUGUUACGGCGUCGGUGCUCCUUGUCAAGGCGAUCGAGCUGACGGAGGAGAAGGACCGAGUGCUUCUGCUUCAUGAAGCAUAUCCGUACGUACCGGAUGCGACCAGUGCUCACAGCGACAGAGACGAAGAGGUGCAUAGUAAAUUCGGCGACAGUGCUGUGAAAAGGGUUCAUUCUGACAGCGGCUCCUCCGAAGUGCGGUCUCCUUCAUCUGCCAUGCAGAAGGUGGAAAAGCUAAUGAUGGCGCUGGACAUCAUGCCAGCACCGUGGGGACGCACGCCAUCCGCCGUGACCCCGGGAGCGAGCGGGAUCGUGCCGAAGGACGAUAAAGCAGACAAGGAGCGUGCAGACCCCACGCGGUUCAAGCGGUGGCGUGAUGAGCUGACCCCCACUGACUCUCUCGGUGCAGCGCAAACGCGCCCCGAUGACGACAAUCGCAAUACGCGCCACAGCGAGGACGUUGAGAAGGAAGAGAGGGACAACCCCGGCGACUUUAUCGCACACGUCGCGCCGCCGUCUCUCCUACCGGAGGCGCGUUCGCCGAUGGGUCCUCGCGCUGUUGGUGGUGCCGAUGCGACGACGCCGCCGCUGCCGACCUGGUCCGCAUCAAGUACGACGAGGAAGUCAAGUUCGGCACCCCCAAAAGAAGUCCCUUUACGCGGGCCAGCUUCUUCAUCAAAAGCGGGCGGAGCGUCCCCUGCGUCGUUGCAGCUGCACCGUCCACUAUCGCUGCAGCCGUCAGGCCAAUUGAAAGUUGCGGAGGCUACUGUUGUGUCAGGCGCACCAGUUAUUGCCCCGACCACUCGUUUUGCUAGACCGUCAACGCCGACCAACGCCAGCGCCACUUCACCACGCGUGGUGACGUCGCAAGAACAGCGGCGGCAGCACCCACCAAAGAAAACGGCGGGGGUGCUCCGUGCUCGAGCAGCUCCCACCAACCGCGUAGCUCCCUUUGCGUUGCUGAUUGAAGAUGACGAAAGCGAGUGGGAGGCGUCGUUGUCGUUGCAGCGCUCUCCAUGCGCUCAGGAGUCGUGUCUUUGCAACGGUGGCGCCGUUGCCAGCCCCGAUGACCAUCAUGUAGCACAGACACAAAAAGCGCAGAACACGGACGUGGCGGCGUCGGCUAGCGUCUCCGCCGCAGCCUGGCAAGCAACCGAACGAAUCGUAUUCUCAAAGGCUGCCCGCCGGACGUUGAGCCGCACCGUGCCAGAGAUGGCGAAGCUCGUGGCAGAUGGGCUCAACGUGAGUCACGUCUCAUUGCACGCCCGGCGCGCGACGCCGGCGGACGCCACCUCCUGGGGCAGCCUCUUUCCUGAGUUUUUCACUUGCUUCUUUCACCGCCUGGCGGAAGGGAACACCGCUACGACUUUCUAUGCCGCCAAGCUGUCCGUUGCCCUUCUGAAGUGCGACCUUUACCGUGACUUGCUGAGCGACGUGGUGCGCUUCACGCCGGUGGUGCUGCUUGGCACGCCGCUGCUGGGCCCACGGCUGGAGGGACUCCUCGCGAAGCCGGUCUUCACCGCUGCAGAAUGCUUGCAAACCCUGUGCGACGCCCACGAGCGGCUCUCCGCGGACGAUUACACCAACGGCAGCCUCGUCGUCACGCUCACCCUGAAGCAGCAGCCGCUGGACGCGGCCACCGGGGAGCGGCGCGACGUGCUGCUCUCCUCACUCACCACCUUCGCCUCCAGCGCGAGUGUGUACUCGGACGUUUUGCAAGUCGAUCGACUGCCCGCGACAGCGGACUUUUUGCUGCAGCUCUUCCGCGGUCCCGUGCAGGCCGCCGUGUCUGUCUACACCCCUCAUCUGAGGCACCAUUCAGCUGAGCUGCGCCGAGCACUCGAGGUGCAGCAGGUGUUGUGUCACCGCCUCACCACGGCACCACGUCUCGGGAGUGUGCUUCGUUUGCUGAGUCACAUCCGAAGUGAGCUGCGCGCCUUCUGGUUCAUGCUGGAGGCGUCAAAGGAGCGAGCAGCGGAGCAGCGACGAGUGCUGAUGGCCGACGCCCUUGCGGCGGCGAAAGCGGCGGCGCUCUCCGACACCACCCACGAACCGGACAGCUUUUCAUCCUCUCCGUCAUCGCCGCAAAUCGACGCCGACAGCCUUGCCUGGGAGGAUGCGGCUUACCGCCGAGAGCGGGGGCGACGGGCGCAGCUCCGCUAUGUCCUGCGCGCUCUCACCUGUCUCGGCAACGACUGCACAGGCAUCUUGGCCGACCCGGUCACGAGGUUACCACCGGUGUACUUUCUGCCUCGCCGAACCACCGACGGAAAGUCAACGCUGCAGCAACAGCAGCAGCACGUCAACUAUUGCCAUCAACAUCCUCACUACAUCCAUGAUGCUGAGAACCGUCAUGGUGGUCACGGCGGCGGGUCAGCCCUUUCCGACAUCCACGAAGAGGCAGCUCAGCCGUAUGCGACGGCGUCCUUCUCUCACCUCCGCGGCGGCAUCGCUGCCGACGCGCCGCGAAGGGCGGGCGGGGAGGCGAGCGACAUGCACAGCGACAGCAGCGCACUCGCUGCGGCGCAGGAGUUGCUGGCGAAGGACGGUGUCGUUAAAGGGCGCUCGCUUGCCGGGGCAAGGCGCCGCGGCCCAAACACCGCGACCUCCGCUGAAUGGGGCGAUGGCCUAAGUUGGGUGUCGGACGUGCCACAGGCGAAUAUUUUUGCCGGCGACGCGGCGUGCGGGUGGCGUGGCAUCCGGCCGCUGUUUCGCUCCUGCGACCCACUAUUAGUGCAAGCCUUUGGCGCGACCGCGAACUCUGCCGAGGCCCCCACGAAACCCGCGCUGAUGCUGACGGUCGUGUACCUCGAGACACAUGAUUCAGACCGCACACGGCCUACUCUCGCGGAAAGCCACAACGACGGCUGCGGGCUGCGGAGGGAAAACAUGCUGCCCGCUGGCAAGGCGAAGAACGGCAUGAUGGGCUUCACCGUGAACGGCUUCCCUGUCGGAGCCACGCGUGUGCUGCAAGGAAUGCAGCAGUUUCACGUGGCGGAGUUGUGUGUGUGCCACCGCCGCCGCCGCAGAAGCGACGCUGCACACGCCUCGCGCAGGUCCUCCCGUUCAUUAUCUGGUAAGAGCCACACGAGCAGCGGCGCGGUGUCGACGAUCGUCAAGGCGGCCUUCUGCGGGUUUCUCGAGGGAGAGAACAUCUCUCUUCUCAGCAUCACGGAGGCGAGUGCGGAAGUGGACGCCGCGGAGCGCAUGAUGUUGUCGCCACUCUGGCUCGCCAUGCGUGAGCUCGUCGAGACAACCCUGCAAGGUGCAAGUGGUGGCGACGGGACCACUGCCACUACUACGAACGGUCCGUCGUCACAGCAGGCGCUUUACAUGUCAGUCACGCAUCCGCUCUCGAUCGAUUACGUGCAGGAUCUCUUGAGUGGCACGUGGACGGGGAGCAACGGCGGCCCUUCAGACGACGGAGACGCAGACGCGCCUGGCAGCGUCGGUGCGAACAGCUUCUCUCACGUCCCGACCUCCGAUACGGUGAUGGCGUUCCAGUCGGCUUGGACGCCCGCCGGGUCGGUGGUGGCGGGUGCCCGUUACAUUGAGAUCACUUCCGUAGAAGGGUUCGACCAAGUGGCACGCAAGCUGCCGAAUCGUUUGCGGGCCGUCGCCGAGGCGCGCCGGACGGAAUCGCCAGGCGGCACACACGUGUUGGUCUCGUUCCUGCUGCGACGACGUCAUGCGUCGUUGUCCCAUGCAUUGUCGCACCGGAACGUAAAGGGAGCAGACGACAGUUGUUUUGUUAUCGCGCCGGCUCGCUCGCGAGAGGAAGACGCGCGGGACUCUGAGGGUGGUGCGAGCAGGAAUGCCACCGCCACGUAUGCCGCCCCUCCCACGCCUUCCGGUGACGACGUCUUUUUUACUUCCGCGACGGUGCUGCUGUCGACUGAGGCGCUGUUCUGGAACGCGCUGCAGCUCGGCGACCACGUCGCGCCGUCGCAUCCACUCAACCUGCUCCGGCCCAUUUACGGCCACCGCGUGGUGUGCGUCGUCGACGUGGCGGCGAGCGCAGUGGACCGGGCGUGGCCGCUGCUUCGCGCUCAGGAGCGCAUGACGCAGCGCGAGCAGUUCCCGCUGUGGCGCGUGCCGUGGUCGGUGACCGCGUAUACCGCGUACCUCGCGAACCGGCGCGAUGCGAUGCGCUGGUGCAUGGAGCACCUGCUCUCGCCGUCUGUACCGCCGACAGCAACCACAACGGCGGCGUCCUCCUCACGAAGACAGGCGGAGGGCAUCAAAAGGCGGAGGCACAUUGACCUGCAGCGGCCGGAUGCACCGGCGUGGGUGCAGGAACUUUUCUACGGCAAGCGUGUCGCGCUGUCUGAUCUAACCGCCACCCUACGGCAGGUGGAGCUGAUGCACGCGAUCGGUGUGGGCUUGCUCAACGGCCGGCGGGGACCGCAAAGGACGUCAUCGACGACGGACUCCCGCGCCGCAUGCGACCGACCCAUGGCGCUCCUUGACGCAAAAGUGAUGUACGACAUCACCACGCCGCCGCCGCUGCUGACGCCGCUGCGGCCCAGGGACAGGGAGCUGCCGCCGACAUCAGCGACUGCUGCUGCUGCUGCUGCGGCGGCGACGCAUGCACUGGCGAACUCCCAACAGUGUUCCUCGUUGUACGCGCAACAGGAGCAACGCCAACCACACGGGGACACGUUGGCCAUGACAGCCAUGACAGAUAGGAUGUGUCAGGGACCGCGGAUGACUGCCGCGCAUUCAAAAACCAAGGAUUCCGUCUCGCCCCCGCGCAGACGUCGAGAAGAAACAACAGUGGACGAUGAGGAGGCGGUGCUGGUUCGCUUUGUGCGAACGCACGGGAUGCUACACAGGCAGCGGCGGCACCCGCGGCAGGCGGUAGGAGGGGGAGCACCAGUAGCAGCGGCCAAACCACGACUACAAAGAAAGAAAAGGGCCAUGACACCACCUCCCGAGCAGCGCAUGGAGAACAGGAGUAGGGAGGCGAAGUAUUCACCGCUGCAACUCUUCGACAGAGCGGCGGACGAGGAACCUGUGAUGCUGCCCUGGACUUCUGCGUCGGCCGCCGCAGCGGCAGCGGCAGCGGCAGCAGCAGCAGCAGCACGAAAAGGCACCCCUGCGGGUGUUGGGCCUGUAUCUCACGAUGUCGAGCUCUCGUUACUCAGCGUUGCGGGCGAAUGUGCGAAUUGUAGCAGUCUCGUGGCGACCACUUCCGGUGCCGCACGCGAAGGCGAGGGUAGGACAGCGCCGCAUGGUUUGCCGAGUCUGCUCGUGCCACCGCCUCCUCCGACCGGCCAGCCCACAAGCCGGCACCGCACUACGCCAUCGCCCACGCCGGCUACCCCUUUUGGUGCCGCCGCGGGCUCCUCCACACGCUCCCCCACCAACAACACGUGCGGGCCCUCCUCUGCCUUUGAUAGUCCGACGGUGGCGUCUCCUAAGGAGGCACCAUCUCCUAGCUCGAUACGCACGCCCCUUAUUACGCCGGCGAGGUGCCGACCGCCAAGUCGGCCGCCUAGUGAGGGGAUUUGCCUUGCUCCUUUCUUUUCAGCUUCCUCGCCUGUUCAGCGCGCGGCUGCCACAACACCCGCAUCACAGCCGGCCUCUGAAGCGACCUCCUUGCCGUACGUCGUGCUGCAACGGUACACAACCGUGCCGCAUUGCCCAAUGGGCAAGACGACGUCUGCCGACCCGCCCACCUCCCCCCUCGUCGACGACCCCAUCAACGGGUCCGUGACGGUCACCUACGUGGAUUCCGCCAGCCGUCCGCCGUGUGCAGCGUCAGCCGCGACGAAGACCGUCGCGAGUGCCACCGCGCGUUUGCAGCCACAUCCGCCUCCUCGCGCGGAGUUCUUCUCGUUAAAUAGUGCUUCUUCAACUGCGCCAGCCACCUUUGGAACAACAAAAAGAAGAUGA